AUGAUUGGAUACCUUCUUCGGCCCUAUGUCCUGGCCAGCAUCUUCAUCGUUGUACUUGGUCUUGCGUUCUCCCGGCGGCGGCGGAAUCCGAGUCUUCCAGACUUGCCGUGGCUCAACGCCAGAGAAGGCGAGUGGCUCUCGACACUGCGCGCCAGAAUACGCUCAACAAUCAAUUACAAAGAGGCCAUUCACCAAGCCUAUCAACAGUAUUCAAAGAAGGAUCAGUCAUGCAUUAUAGCCAAGAUCAACGGCGACGAAAUCAUCCUGCCGGCGUCGCUAAUAACAUGGAUCAUCAAUCAACCCGACACCGUCCUUAGCGUAGACGAGCCACACAAGGACUUUCUUCAGACGGACUAUACCUUUGUCCACCCAGUCGUUGUGGAUAAGCCCCUGCACCAUGAGACCAUCAGAAGUGAACUCACCCGUCAACUCGGAGCGCUCACCACCGACAUUAUGGAUGAGUUGGCGACUGCAUUCGACGACAUCUGGGGCACUGACACGACCGAGUGGAAGGAAAUAUGUCCUUUCGAGACGAUGAAGCUCAUCAUUGCCCGGACAAGCAACCGCGUGUUCGUGGGCCUACCGCUAUGUCGGAACAAGGCCCUUCUGGAACAUGGCAUUGGAUUCGCCUCUGCUGUCCCUAUCUCCUCCGUCCUGCUGAGGCCGUUCCCUGAAUUCCUGCGCCCUCUUGCUUCUCUCGUCAUCACACGACCAAAUCGACGUCACACAAAAGCCUUCGCGCGUCUUGUCCGACCUGAGAUCGAGCGGCGCCAGAGACUGCUGGACGGCCAAAACGGCGAGCUGGAGAAGAAAAUCGGCGAUCCUGAACCGAAUGAUUUCCUGCAGUGGUCGAUUCGACGAGCGAGGGAUAGCCCCGACCCUUACGAACGCGACCCGGACAUCAUCGCCGAAAGACUCCUCGCUGUCAACUUCGCAGCCAUCCACACUUCCACAUUCAGCAUCACAAAUGCCAUCUUCGACCUCGUCGCUUCCGACCCUUCCAAGCGAUAUCUCGAAGCCCUGCGCGAAGAAGCCUGCUCCGUCGUUGCCGCCGACAAUGGCGUGUGGACAAAAUCGGGCCUCGCAAAAAUGUACAAGGCCGACUCGACACUGCGAGAAUCUUCACGUAUAGGUUCCUUCCUGGGAGCUGGACUUGCUCGCAAAGUCAUGGUACCGGAGGGCAUCACUGCUCCCAACGGCACCUUCUGUCCAUACGGAAGCUAUGUCUCCGUGCCCACAAACGGCGUGCAUAACGAUCCAGAGCAUUACCCAGAUGCAGCGACAUAUGAUCCAUUCCGCUUUUCGGUCCAGCGCGAAUCAUCGCCGAACGUAUCUGAAAACAGCUCCGACGAGAAAGGCUCGCCCGGACACACCGCGACGGGCACAAGUCACCAACGCAACAACAGCAACUCGGAUGGCUACAUCAAGAAAGCAAAUCUUUCCUUCGUCAGCACCUCGCCCACCUAUCACCCCUUCGGCCACGGAAGGCACGCCUGCCCAGGACGUUUCUUUGCCGCCAAUGAGCUCAAGUUACUGCUGGCGUAUAUGCUGACCAAGUAUGAGUUCGAGCAUUUGGAUGAGCGGCCUCCCAGUAAAUGGAUCGGAACAAGUCUGGUCCCGCCGUUGACAGCGACUGUGAGAGUAAGGAGAAGAACGGCGUAG